AUGCAUGCGGAUGACUUCGUCGCGCUGUGUCACGACAUCAUGGACGACAUGGACACGACAUGCGCCCUGAUCGCGCAGGAGCUGUCGUCCGUGGCCGAUCCGUCAGACUACCUCGCAGCCAUCCUCGAAGUCGUUACGUCCGAGGCCAUGCAGGGUGAAGUUCUGGAUCGUCUUGUCACCGAUUACAUGCCACAUUUCGUCCAAGUACUACUCGCCCGACCGUUUGAAGGCGAUUGUGCUGUCCCUGUGAACGAGUUCCUUCAGUUUGCAUUGGAAUGUGCUGUUCAGCGUCUUCGAGAAGGCGACCCAUCCAUGAUCCCCACCAUUCAUCGCAUCUUUGACCACCACCGCCUAUUCUAUAAGGGUCGGCUUCCUGCUUCGCCCGCGGCCGACGCUACGCAAGACUACGCAGCGUCCACGUCAACGCAAGUGCACCCCGACGUCCUUCAGAAUAUCAAUUUCUUCGGCGACCAAGGGGGAUUCCACGUCCUCCUGUGUAACAUUGACGUUCACAUGGCAUUGGAUGACCUCGCCAACACGCCCAUCUCUGAAAACAACAACAAUGACGACGACAACCGCCAAGGAAAUCGAAUGGCCGACUCGUUUUCAUUCGAUGCUCUUGUCUGCGCACUCAAAGCCAUCGCCGUCGCCGUAGAUUUGUUCACCGACGCGUUUGCCAUUCGCUUCCUGGAUGACUUGACGACAGCUCUCUGCCACUACAUCCGCCGGACGGCUAAUUCUCGAGAGUACCUCCACGAGUUGGACGAAGUGGUGGUGCAGCUGGCCGCACGGGUCGACAAGUCCCAUGAACCUCCGCGUCGGUCGAGCCUUGUCCUCGUCAACGAAGUUCGUCUGGAGAUGGCGCUGCAAGGGCUCCGUGGCCGAACGCUUGAGCGCCGUAUCAAUGGUCUAUCGGAUUUGAACAAUUCCCUCAAGCAGUUGGCAAAUGCCCCAGCGACUGCUGCGUGGAGCCCGCAGCAUGUCGUCGGCUGGCUCGAAACAAACAUGGUGCUGGACGAUCUAUUGGGCGAAGCCAUACACCCCGAGCUGGUGAAGCGAGGAGCGACAGUCUAUGACUUUUUUGCCCGCCACAGACUUCUCCUGCCAUCCCACAUGUCGAGUCUGUGGGCGAUAUGCAUCGACUCGCGCCGCCACGCUGCCAUUUUGGCCGCCGUCCAUGAGCUCUUUCUGGACGUGAUGGUGCAUGUAUCGGACCAGGAGCAUUUGAUUGAUUACGUGUUUAAUCUGGUUGGAGCCUUGACCCAGCUCGAGACCCAUGCAUUGGCGACACUUAAUGUGUUGGCCUCGUCGGGCCAUUUGAGUAGAGUCGUGCCGUGGCUGUGGUCGGCGCUGAAGGCCAACAAGUGCAUGGACGACCACAACAUGGAAGCGGCGUUGGCGCUGCUCGACGAACUCGUCGUGCAAGAUCAGGCGUUGCUCAGCACGUUGCUGGUGAAUUGUGUCCAGUUGCUGAUGCGACGGACGGACGAGGACGGGGCGGUCGCGCUUCGCUUUUUAUCGCAAUUAAGUCGAUUGAUGUCGGAAGGCCACGCGAUCGAGCUGCUGCCGGAACACCGACACCACAUGAAUGUCGCGUUUCUGGUCAGGUUGGUGGACGAGUUGGCUGCGUACAAGCAGACGCCAUGGACCGGCGCCCACCACGUGGAUCAAAUCAAGCGGCGCUUGCUGGCGCUACACAGCAGCUGGAUCCUCGUCUCGUCAAAUGAAGCUGGUGAUGGGGUGACGCUGACGUCCACGAGUUUGGACGCGCUGUGGGACCAUUGUGUGCUGACGCACGCAGCGUCCCCCGACGAGUCGUCGCUCUUCUUCCAAUGGGUUCGGCUGUGUGACAACCUCGUGCCACAGAGCCACGGGCGCAUGCUACUGUCGCUGCCGCUGCAAAUGCAUCUAUUGUCAAAGUUUCAACUGCUCCAUGGGCCAUUGGUGACCCAAGAUGCAGUGGAGUGCUUUCACGUGUUGUUUGGCAAAGUCAACGUGGCCAGCGGAUGCCUCGACACCGACUGUCGUGUCCUUUGUACGUCCAUGCAGUCGUUGGAGGGCCUCCCGCAGCUCUGGCACCUGGCCGUUCAUGCGUCCGACACUACUGUAGCGGAAGAGACGAUUUCAAAACUGGUCGGGUACCACUUGGACGUUGUUGCGUCGUCCCAGCAAGCAGCAAAGCAAACGUUUGUCGACACAGCUAUUGGAUUUUUCCUCGCUGCCAAAGCGCAAGGCGCGGCGACCGAAGGAGGUACCCUGCAAGUGAACCGUUGCCUCGACUUGCUGCGAUUCUUCUUGGAGUCGUGCGGAGACAAGGCCGGAAGCGAUGAGGCCGACCUGAGGGUGCUGCCGUCUCCGAUGAAAGUUGCCUCGUGCUCUGGGUCGUCGUUGCCUCAACCACAGCUGUCUCCGGCAAAGUUGAAACGAGCCAACUUGCAGUGGACGCCUCCAGUAUCCCCGACGCAAGGCCCCGAUCUGCACGACACGGACGUCUCAGCUGUCUUAAUGGAGUACGAGCCCACAGCAGUACAAGCUGCCAGCAGCGCCAACGAUCGUACGGCGUCCCUUCAGCGGAUGGAGAUACACCGACCGGCGCGAGUGCACCCGCUGACUUCGGAACAAAUGGCCAUGGCGAUGAAGGAUGGCGGAGGCGCUCCGGCCCCUCAGACCAUGGCAUUUGGCACGGUGCCAGCGACGGUGGUGAACCACACGCGAUUCUUUGACGCGCUGUUCUCGAUCCUGGACUGGCCGGGCGACACCUCGGAGCGGGCUUGGGAGCUCCUCUGUCGACUGCCUUCGAACCGUGCGCUGUUGCACCACAUGGUCGUCCUGCGGGACUCGCGCACGUCGGCAGUGUCAUGGGAGUCCCUUCUGGACACGUCCAACAUCCCUCGGUUUCUGUACGGCCUGCGCCUUGUCGAAGCCCUCUUGAAGCCGCUGACGACGGAUGCAACGACUCUCCACCACAUACCCCACCGGCAGUGGCGAGAGCGGUUUGUCCGACUGGGCGGGGGGCAGCACUUGUACAAGACAUACCUCCAGUGGACGUCGGCGGCAUCGUCGCCGGACGCCAUCAAACCAGCGACGGGCUAUGCGCAAACGUUGCAUGCGACGUGCUUAGCACUCUUGUGCAAUACGUUGCGGUACUUUGUCACGCUGGAGGAACGUGCAUUAUCCACGUCCGAAUCGCCCUACGAUGUGGCACUGGCCCACUCAACACUGCCGGCGUUCGUUCAACAAAUCUCCCUGGACGGGAUAGCAGCGCAUGCCAUCACCAUGGCGCGAGCGGCACACCAUUCAGCGUCUCUCGUAUCAACUGCGGUGGUGUUGGCGGCGACCCAACUACUUUUCGCCACGGUCAGUGCGGAUGCAAUGGCUAAGUGGGCGGAUGACGCGGUCGCCGAGCUAGUCCUCGACGUGACCAGCCGACACGUCUCGAUUCGCGGGGAUUUGUGUGCGCAGUUGGUGGCGUUUGUCGCUCCACACGCGGAAUUGCACGCAAAAGUGACGCGCAUCACAUGUGAGCUGAUUGUUGGAGCGACCACCCUGCCCAACGAAUUGCCCGAGUUGCUUGCCGCGUUGCUGACGCACGACGUCUCCAAACCCCUGAAGCUUUGGAUGCAGCAGAGCAACUUUUGUCAACGCUAUAUCGCGUUCGUCACGUCGCGCCCAAACACGGAUUCGUGGGCCACGGCUGACCGUACGUUGGUGGCGCACCUCGGCGUGAUAAAGCUGCUGGUCGAAGCGAAGGUCUGUGUUGAGGCACAUACCGUCGAGGCUCUUUUGGAUGCGUUUUUGUUUGGCGACGACACGGAUUGCUCCGACGUGCUUUGCAAAUCUGCCGUCGCGAGGGCAUUGUCGGCCGAGAUCGUCCAACUCUUGUCCGCAUCGACGUCUGUGUGGCAGUCAAGCAUCGCGCCUCGACUGAAUCGGUUCCACGACCGAGUCCGUGAUGUCCUGGAUGCGCUCGGGCGACCAUGGAACUUGAAUCCGAGGGAGGAGGCCCGCGACAGCGCAACAGAUGCCGGUUUGUACAACCCUGGGUGCAUUUGCUACAUGAACGCACUUCUCCAGCAACUCUUUCACCUGCCAUCGUUUCGCGACCACAUCUUGGCCACUCCCAUCGACCCCGCGACGUCCCACGCGGCCGAGGAAGUGGCCGAGUUGCAAGCGGUGUUUGUGUCGCUGGCUCACACCAGUCGCAGGUGGCACGACCCGACAGCGUUCUGUGUGUCCCAUCGGGACUUAGACGGUCAACCGACGGACCUGCGGGUGCAAAUGGAUGCGGACGAGUUCUUGGGGAUGCUCUUGGACCGUGUCGAGUCGGUCGUGAAGAAAGCUAGCCCCACCGCGACGAUCGGGGCCUUGGGGUUUGGUGGUCAACUCGUCAACCAAAUCAUCACGGAACACGGCCACGUGAGCGAGCGCGAGGAGCCAUUCGUGGUCCUGAGCCUCGACGUCCAGCACAAGCAUAGCGUCGAGGCGUCCCUUGCGAGCUACGUCGACGGAGAGACUCUUGAAGGCGACAACGCGUACUAUUGCGAACAAGUCCAGCAAAAAGUGCGCGCCACCAAGCGCGUGUGCCUUAAGACGCUGCCAGACACGCUUGUCGUGCACCUAAAGCGGUUCGAGUUCGACUACGACACGAUGGAAAAGGUGAAACUGAAUGACUACGUCGAGUUCCCGACGCAGCUCAACAUGGCGCCGUACACGGCGGAGAGUCUGCAGCGAGGCCACAGCGCUGACGAGGCUUGGUACACCCUCAAGGGCGUCGUCGUUCACAGUGGCACGUCUGACAUGGGUCACUACUACUCGUUCAUCCAAGACCGAGACAACUCGAACGAGUGGUGGGAAUUCAACGAUCAGGUCGUUCGGCCGUUCAGUGUCGAGCAGCUUCGCGACGAGUGCUUUGGGGGAGACGAAGUCGUUGAGAAAUGGGACCCGGCCACUCGAAGUUAUGCGUCGGUAGUACAGUCCAAGAAGCGCAGCGCAUACAUGCUCGUGUACGACCGAAUCAGCGCGGAUGAACGGCCCCAAACGACGCUUCCAAUGUCGGCGAAUGCGAUGGCUCUCCAGUGCAGCGUGGAUGCCGAGAACAGGCACUUUACACGACUGUUGCAUGCUAUGGAUGGUGGUCACCUCCGCUUCUUGCUGUCGCUGUGGCCAGGCACCCCCAUCGACCACCAACCGGCCCUCUUGCGCGCUAUCAUGGAUUUGGCAUCGCUCCUGCCAGCCGUCUCGGGCCGUUCGUCACCUGACCAAGUUGGACUCGAUAAACGAAUCGACGGCGCUGCGGCGUCGAUAGCUACAUGGUUUCUGCAACAGGCCACCGAGGACAUCAUGCCGCACGAGUCCGCGCCGGUUGUCAUCGGCGACUACUCGCAUCGCCGAACGUGGCUCUUCGACAUGACGUUUUUGUGCCAAGAGCCAUCGACUCGAAGCACGUUUUGGAACGUGGCGCUCGCAAAUGUCCGCCAUGGCGUCGCGACCGGCGACGCCGACAUCGUCGUGACGUUCUUGGAACAUGUUAUCUCAAUGUUCUUUCAGCGCGACACAAUGGAGAUCACAGCAUCGUGCAUGUCGACCGUCCUGUCCAACGCGCCACUCGGAGCAGCAUUGCAACCCGUCGCGGCUUUUCUUGAAGCCGCCAUUGCUCUCGACGCACCGGGGGCGGCGGACAUCGCUCGGUUUCUCGUUGAGCGGUGUCAUAUCCUGCAUCAUUUUGCCGCGUCCUUUACAGUCGACGACUGUCCCGAAGAGUACAUGCAACCGAUGGCACGAGUGGCCACCUUUCCUGCCGAACAACGGCUGCUCACUCGGCUCGUCCAGGUCGCGCCAGCGCCGCUCGUGCCGUCCACUGACGUCGAAUCGUUCCUCGCCCGACUCGCAUGCAUCGUAUCGUGCGGGUUCGAAAAGCUUGUGGCGCAUGUAGUUGCCCAUGUCGUGGCCGACGAUGCCGACGUGUCGUUGAUCGUGAUUCGAGCGCUGCUCGAAGUCCUCGAUCAAGUCAAAGCGACCCAUUUGGAGGCCAUGUUCAGCAUCUUCACGGCCGUUGUCGACGUGUCCGAUGCCCAUACAUCACUUCGAGUUGCCGCGCUGCUGUCCCCGGAGUCCGGGCUGCUGGAAGUGGCCGAAUACUUCAAACACCACCGUACGUUGCACCAGUACACGUACUACGUCCUCGAGUUCUGCUUGACGAGCGAGUCGCCUGCCGUCAUCGCGUACCUAAACAAUGUAAAGGAUCAAGUGGCGUGGGUGCGACCGUGGAUCUGGAGCUUCCUCCGCAGCGACGUCCCCGUCGGCGACCUGUCGGUGGGACGACGCGAAGAGGACGACUCGGAUGCGCACACUGUGUUGGAGCUCACGGAGCAGCUCUUUGGCGAGGUGGACGAUCAAGAUCACGAAGAUGAGGAUGCUAACCAAGAGAACGACGACGACAACCAGGCACAACCCCUGCCGGGGGCGCUCUCGGUGGGCAAGCUGAUCGACUCGAGUGAAGACGUGCAGCAUCGCAUCAACCCGGCUGAAGUCGAGUCAUAG